GCGCCGAUUCCCGAACGGGGCUCGGGGCGGGGCCGGGGGCGCGGCUAAAUGCGGAGGGAAGGUUCGCCUUUCACUGUCUGCCUGCCGCCACCCGUCAGCUAGCCACCAAGUCCUCUGAAGGUCAUGCUGCCCAACACUGGGAAGCUGGCAGGAUGCACAGUUUUUAUCACAGGUGCAAGCCGAGGCAUUGGCAAAGCUAUUGCAUUGAAAGCAGCGAAGGAUGGAGCCAAUAUUGUCAUUGCUGCCAAGACUACCCAGUCACACCCAAAACUCUCAGGGACAAUCUAUACGGCUGCUGAAGAGAUUGUAGCAGCUGGAGGAAAGGCCUUGCCAUGUGUUGUUGAUGUGAGAGAAGAACAGCAAAUCAACCUUGCAGUGGAGAAAGCAGUUGAGAAAUUUGGAGGAAUUGACAUUUUGGUGAAUAAUGCCAGUGCUAUUAGCUUGACCAACACAUUGGACACUCCUACAAAGAGAGUGGACUUGAUGAUGAAUGUGAACACCAGAGGCACCUACCUUACAUCCAAAGCAUGUAUUCCCUUUUUAAAAAAGAGCAAGGUUGCUCAUAUUCUCAAUCUCAGCCCACCCUUGAACCUCAACCCACUGUGGUUCAAACAGCACUGUGCUUAUACCAUUGCCAAGUAUGGUAUGUCAAUGUGUGUGCUUGGAAUGGCAGAAGAAUUUAGAGGUGAAAUUGCCGUCAAUGCUUUAUGGCCUAAAACAGCCAUCCACACCGCUGCUAUGGAUAUGCUGGGAGGAUCUGGCAUUGAAAGCCAGUGUAGAAAAGUUGACAUCAUCGCAGAUGCUGCAUACGCCAUUUUCAACAAGCCAAAAAGUUUCACUGGCAACUUUAUUAUUGAUGAAAAUAUCUUAAAAGAAGAAGGAAUAAAAAACUUUGACGUCUAUGCAGUUACACCAGGCCAUCCUUUGUUACCAGAUUUCUUCUUAGAUGAACAUCCAGAUGUAAUUAUGAAGAAAAAAGAAUCAGAAGAUCCUGUGCCAGAACUAAAAAAAGAGAAGCCACAGCCACCACCAAAAUCCCAUUCUGGAGCUGUGGAAGAAACAUUUAGAAUUGUUAAGGACUCUCUCAGUGAUGAUGUUGUUAAAGCCACGCAAGCAGUCUAUCAGUUUGAACUCUCAGGUGAAGAUGGUGGUAUGUGGUUUCUUGAUCUGAAAAGUAAGGGUGGGAAUGUUGGACAAGGAGAGCCCGCCAGUCAGGCCGACGUGGUGAUGAGUAUGACCACAGAUGAUUUUGUCAAAAUGUUUUCAGGGAAACUAAAGCCAACCAUGGCAUUUAUGUCAGGAAAAUUGAAGAUUAAAGGAAACAUGGCCCUAGCAAUCAAAUUGGAGAAGCUAAUGAAUCAGAUGAAUUCCAAACUGUGAAGGAAAAGAAACAAAAAUGGCAAUUACUAUGCACCAAAAGUAAAGAGCUCAGCAGUCAGAAUCUAAAGUUUGUCAUCAUCUCUGCUGCCUUAUCAGGACACAUACUUGUUCUGGAAAGAGUAGAAUUUCUGUAUCUGUAAGGCCUGAAAUGGUAAUUAAAACAACCAAUCACGUUCAAUUUAAGUGGCAUCUAAUAUAUUGUGUUUUUUAAUAUUCUGAGGGUUUUGUCCUCCAAGCCAGGGUCUUAUUCUCUGA